CCACCCCUCUACGAAAACACUUUCGGGAAGAAUGAAGGUUUUUUUCCCCCCUCACACUGACUGUGCUCAGCCAGUCUUUACUCAGAGCCAAACCGUGGCCUAGAACGGCUUGACUAUGUGGAGAAAGAAACGGGCACUCAGGGAACCCUUGGCUUGUCUCGUAUUUCUUGUGACGCUCGUCGAUGCUUAUCGAUUCAUGAGCCAGAGCACAGCCUCCCAGUUCCUGAGCAGGCACAGACGAGCCAACUCUCUGUUUGAGGAGAGCAGGAAGGGCAACCUGGAGAGGGAGUGCAUCGAGGAGCUGUGCAACAAGGAAGAGGCCCGGGAGAUCUUUGAGAAUGAGCUAGAGACAGAAUAUUUCUACCCCAAAUAUGUCGCAUGUUUGGGUUCACACCGUGUGGGAAUCAACAACCAGAACUCGGAUUCUGGCAUCCCAUCUAACCUUCGCACCUGUGUGAACGAGAUCAGUAACCAGUGCACACCGUUUCCGUGCUACAAGGAGGGUUCGGAGCGCUGCGUGGACGGCCAGGCUUCCUUCCUGUGUGUGUGUAAACCUGGCUGGAAGGGGCCGCGCUGUGAGAAUGACAUCGACGAAUGUUCCGAUCCUGAAUUCCCAGCAGGAUGUAACCAAAAAUGUCACAACUUCCCUGGCAGUUUCCAGUGCCUGUGUGAAGAUGGCUACUUCAUCAAUAACAAAAUCAGCUGUGUGGAUAUCAAUGAAUGCCUGAUGUACCCCAGUAUCUGCGGAGAACCAGCUAAAUGUGUCAACACACCGGGGAUGUAUGAGUGCAAGUGUCCUGAGGGUUUCAAAUAUAACUUCACUUCCAAGACCUGCAGUGAUGUCGAUGAGUGCAAGUUCAAUGUGUGCGAUGGGACUUGUAUAAACACAGCGGGCAGCUACGAGUGCCACUGUGAUGGUCGUCAGGGAUUUCGUUUGGCGGAGGACAAGCGAUAUUGUGAAAGAAUCCCUGUUUGUGUGGAUCUGCAUGAGUACAAACACCCUGAGAUGCUUUACCUGGGGGAGCAGUUUACAGGCCUUCCUGUCAUCUACCUGCGUUUUCGUCUGCCGGAGAACACAAAGUUUGCAGCAGAGUUUGACUUCCGUACAUUUGACCCAGAGGGAGUAGUGCUGUAUGCAGAGUCCUCUCAGGACUCGUGGUUCAUGUUGGGGCUGAGAGGUGGUCGCAUUGAAGUCCAGUUCAAAAAUCAGCACACGUUUAAGGUCACCAGCGGAGGAAAAGCCAUUAAUGAUGGACAGUGGCAUGUGAUUUCUGUGGAUGAACUGGAGAGCAGCAUCAGUGUGAAGAUCAGCAAGGAAGCUGUGAUGAGCAUCAACAGCCCAGACAGUCUCUUUACUUCAGUUAAUGGCAAGCUGGAGACCAAGGUCUAUAUCGCCGGGCUGCCCAACCGCACGGACAACGUCAUCAAACCUAUCAACCCUCGACUCGACGGCUGCAUCCGGGGCUGGAACUUGAUGAACCAAGGGGCAUCCGGAGUGAAGGAGGUCAUCCAGGAGAAAAAGAGUAAACACUGCUUUGUGUAUGUGGAACAAGGGUCGUUCUUCACCGGAGCAGGACUGGCACACUUCGACAUAGACUACAGUGAUUCUGGGAGCUGGAAUGUGGACAUAAAGAUGAACAUACGUCCAUCCAGCAGCACAGGUGUCCUCUUUGCUCUCGUCCACAACAACACAGUCCCUCUGUCGGUUGCUGUUUUAACGCAGGGAGAAGAAGAUGCUAAUCUGCAAGUGUUCCUGUUUGGCAUCCCUGUGGCAACGCUGGAUUCCCUCAUGCUGUGUUACCCUGACCGGCUGACAGUGCAGCUGAACGUGACUCCUGCCGAAAUCCAAAUCUCAGCCAACUCCUCCACUGUUGCCUACAUGAAGUCCGAUGCCCUGCGUGAGGCACUGGAGCACCUCAAUGCCACAAUGCAAAACCCCAUCAGUACAUAUGUUGGUGGGAUACCAGAUGAUGUCCCAUUAACCGCCACCCCCGUGACGGCCUUUUACCACGGCUGCAUGGACAUCUCUAUCAACGGCGAGCAGCUCGACUUUGACGAAGCUCUCAGCAAACAUAACAGCAUUAAGUCCCACUCCUGCCCUCCCGUGUCUGCCCCGGAGAGUCACCCCGAUGCAGCGCAACCGCAUGGAGAGUGACCUUAAUUAACAACUGGAUCAGACU